AUGGAAACCGUGACGGAUGUUGUCGAGUGGUGCCUGUGGCACUCCCUGUUCGUGUGGAAGAUUGUGUGGCGGGUGCUGCGCAACCACUGGCCGGCCGUAUUGCUGGCGAUGAUUGGUGCAGUGGGCGGCGUGAUCACGAGGCCCUUGUGGAGCAUUGCGGGGCGAUUGAUCGGGGUCGUGUUCGGCUUUGUGCUCAAGUGGCUGACACUGUUGAAGGCGUUUGAGGCGAUCUGGGCCACGCCCAUGGUGGUGCUCGAGGCCCGAGGUGAACAUAAGGAUGGCUUAGGCCGGUUACUGUACAAGUGGCUGGAUGCUUACCACGCUCUGUGGUGUGUGUUCCUGCCCGACGUGCUCGAGCUGGGUGGCGAGUCUACCGUGAAGUACUGGCGCGGAUCGAGGGCCGAGUGUCGGCGCUCGGUUGACCGUGCCUGCUGUGUGGGCCGUGGAUUGUGGGCGUUCCUAACACUAGCGACGUAUGCCGUGUUCUACACUGUCAUCUACGUGUAUAACUUGGCCGAGAAAGCGUGCCAAGGAACGGUGGGUGUGGGCGUGCUACUCCUGACCCUGAACUACAUGUUGGCGGACGGUGAGCUGACUGCCGACGGUGGGUUGAGCCCUGAUGCAGUCGUGAUGCAGUGGAGCUGCGUGGUGGCGGCGACUGGGGUCGCCAGCCACUUGCUGAAGUGCUACGAGGCGGCGUCAGGAGUGCGUUCACCUGCGAAGAUGGCGGAGGAGAGCUACGCCGACUGGCUCCGUGACGUCGAGGAAUUGCAGCAAGCCGAACGCCUGAGUGAAGCAUUCUGGCGUGCGGACGGGUGCGUCGGGAAACCGAAGCCGGUGCGUACCCUGAGUGGGCUACGGGCGGAGCAGCGCGCCCUGCGCGCGAAGAUGAAGGCGGCCAAGGAGGAAGAGGGCGCUCGACGAGGACGUCGAGUCUCAGUCGGGGAGGAUGUCCCGAGUGGGAACGGUGGUCACCGUCUCGGGUACGGUCGCGGCCGUCCUCCGGCAGCCUGUCAAUCAGCGCGUGGACUACUACUCGAGGAUCAGCUGUUCGAGGAUCAGCUGACUGAGCAGUCAUCGACUUUAGCGAGGAUUAGCUGGCGGCGGGCCCGUUGCGUGGACGAAGAGUCGUGA